AUGGAUUAUUUCUUGAUUGUCGCCCUUCAAUUAGCCUAUAUUGUGCCAAGCCUCAUUCUCUACGCGUUCAUAUUUGUGUACAUUUCGAGAUCGCGCGAUCCCGAGUUCAAGUCGGCGUUUCAUCGAUUAUUUUUGGUGCGAGCGCCCGCCGAUGUCACUCAGGUUUUAAUAUCGUUGACGGCAUUUCGAUUUCCAUUAGCAGGAUGGGAGGGUUGCCUAAAAAUUCCGAUACUUGCCAAAAUUGGAUUCGUCGUCUCCCAAUACUCAACUUUGCUCGAACUCUGCGCCCUGCUUAUAUUGUCGGCGAAUCGUCUAACGGCCAUUGCUCUUCCAAUCACACAUAACCAGAUAUGGUCGUCGAAACGAAUUCUGCUGAUAUUCCUAGUAUGCGCGUGCACCGCGUUAGUUCCGACAUGUGUUCGGAUACCACAACCUGCUGCGUAUUUCAAUCACUCGAAUCAUUUUGUACCCUACCUUUUAAAUGCAACCGAUCAAGUACAAAACUCGAUGGUAUCCUCGUGCAUAUACACAACAUUCUGCAUUUGCAGUCUGGCGUGCAACAUUUGGGCGAUUUCGCUACACCAAAAGCAGCGACGUCUUCACCUAUUCGAAACUCAGCCAAGUCUCGCGUCGACGGUUCAGACCAAUCUGCUAAUCUAUUCUUGUAUAUUCACCUGUGUGCUGAUUGCAAUGACGAUUUUCCAGUGCCUCCUUGCUGUCGACGCAUUUCCGCUUCGCUCCGACGCUCAUAACAUUGUGAUACUCAUGCUGACAAUAUGCGCCGAUGCUUUGGCGCUAUCCAAUCCAUGGCUUCUAUUAAUCCUGUCGAACUCGUUCCGUCAGAAGUUUAUGUCGAGCCGAAAGCUCUCAAAAAUCUUUGCAAUAUCAUCAACAACCGGUGAGACGUUGGGCUAG